AUGAGCUGCACGCCGGCGAUGAUUGACGAUGGAGAGACCUGGAGGCUAGAGCAGCAGCCGCUGACAGAGGACAGAAACUUGAGAGGGGCGCAGAAAUCAACCAAGAAGGAAGCAAGCAGUUCAAAGCCAGUUCAGAAAUGGGAGCCUAAGGGCAGGGAUGACGAAGGACCAGAGAAGAAAAAGGCAAAGAAGAAAAAAGAUCCUAAUGCCCCCAAAAGAGCAAUGACACCGUUCAUGUAUUUCUCGAUGGCUGAGCGAGGAAACAUGAAGAGCAGCAACCCAGAUUUGCCUACGACUGAGAUUGCAAAGAAGCUUGGGGAGAUGUGGCAAAAGAUGUCAAGCGAAGAGAAGCAGCCUUACGUCCAGCAGGCACAGGUCGACAAGAAACGUUAUGAAAAAGAGUCUGCCGUCUAUCGUGGUGAAGCUGCAGGUGACGUGGAUUCUGGCAACGAGUCUGAUUAG